GGGUUAUUUAAGGGUGCACGCUGGCACCAAGCAGUCGUGGUCUUGGGAGUCUGGUCUGUAGAUCGUCGUUGCAGUCAUGGCUAACCACAUCGUGCUCUACAACGGUGCCAAAAUGCCCACGGUGGGCCUGGGAACCUGGAAGUCUCCCCCAGGCAAAGUGAUGGAAGCCGUGAAGGCGGCGAUCAGCCUUGGGUACCGCCACAUUGACUGCGCCCACGUGUACCAGAACGAGAAUGAGGUGGGCCUGGCCAUCCAAGAGAAGAUCAAGGAGCAGGUGGUGAAGCGUGAGGACCUCUUCAUCGUCAGCAAGCUGUGGUCCACGUACCACGAGAAAAACUUAGUGAAGGGGGCCUGCAAGAAGACACUCAGCGACCUGAAGCUGGACUACCUGGACCUCUACCUUAUUCACUGGCCCAUCAGUUUAAAGCCCGGGAGAGACUUUUUCCCGACGGAUGCGAAAGGCAACACGAUUCCCUCCGACGCCGACUUUUUGGACACGUGGGAGGUCAUGGAAGAGCUGGUGGACGAAGGGCUGGUGAAAGCUAUCGGCAUCUCCAACUUCAACCAUCUCCAAAUCGAAAAGAUCUUAAACAAACCUGGCUUAAAAUAUAAGCCAGCAGUUAACCAGAUCGAGUGCCACCCGUACCUCACUCAGGAGAAGCUCAUCCAGUACUGCAAGUCCAAAGGCAUCGUGGUGACCGCCUACAGUCCCCUGGGCUCUCCUGACCGGCCCUGGGCCAAGCCUGAGGACCCUUCCCUGUUGGCGGAUCCCAGGAUCAAAGCCAUAGCUGACAAGUACAAUAAAACCACAGCCCAGGUUCUGAUCCGGUUCCCCAUACAGAGGAACUUGGUUGUGAUCCCCAAGUCGGUGACCCCUGAACGCAUUGCUGAGAACUUCCAGGUCUUCGACUUCGAGCUGAGCAGCGAGGACGUGGCCACCAUACUCAGCUUCAACAGGAACUGGAGGGUCUGUAGCUUGGAGAGCUGUGCCUCCCACAAGAACUACCCGUUCCACGAAGAGUUUUGAAGCUGUGGGGGCCUGCUCUUCCCCAGCCACCUGCAGCCGUCCCUCCUUCCUGUGCAUAGAUAGUGCUGCCGGUGGCCGUUGGCAGCCAGGCAGUCACCUGCAGACAAACCAGCAAGGGCCUGGCCGGCCUGGCCUUGGCUCCGAAGAACAGUUCGAGUAGAGUCUCUUUGGGUUUCCUUUGCCUUUUUUGUUCUGCGAGGAAGUACAACCUCGAUCUCCUUUCCGAAGCUGAAUCCACAAAGUGAAAACUAGUGCCACUGACAGUCGGGUCUCGGCUGCUUGGUACAGGUCCCCUUUCAGCCAGCCUUUUCUUUGCUCAAAUAACAAGUACUUAUGUGAGCCUGA